AUGGCUGAACAACGCGCUUUCGCUCUUGGACUAACAGAGACUUACAAGCUCAAUUCGCUCGAUAUGAAAGUUGGUGCUCAAGAAGAGAUGAAAAAUUCUCGUUUAUCAAAGAUUCAACUGACAAAAUGCGAAGAGCACUUUGAUGAAAUCCUUCAAGGAUCUAUCAGAGCAAAAGAAGCGCUCAUAAGAAUCGGUCUUCAUAUCCACGAAGAGGCAAAACCAGAAAUCGUAGGAGGUCGUCUCGAUAUGUACAAGCAAGAAGCAGCGAGACUUUGGAGCGCAGCAGCAAAAAUCAUCAAUCGAGACUGCCCGUGGGACCUUUAUCUAGACUUCAUUAUUCGCGUCAGAGAAGUUUUUCUCGAAGAAGACUUGAAAGCGCAUUCCAUCAUGGAGAUUGACGAUUCAGACGACGAUAUUGUCGUUGUUAGCUCUUCAGCGGCUACUGUUCCUGCUAAAAGAAAAGCCCCUUCAAAAGAUAAAAAGAUAACACCGCCGAAGAACCCGAAAGUGAAGACAAUGACGGCAUUUCUGCCGCCGAAUUUGAUCGCGCUUUUCCAGCCUCGGGAGCCGGUCGAGUUCAAGCCUCCAACAGGCGAUUUGCCAUGGGAGCGCGAUCGGACGAAAAAUCCCUAUUCUGGAAUCGCUCCUUUUGUCAACGAGUUUGAUCCUUCUACUGAAACGCCACCCAAGGUGCGUGUUGAAACUCGGGCUGAGAAAGAAAAGCGAAAGAGAAAAGACAAGCUAGAAAAGGGGAUGAAGAAAACGGAGGAAGAGCUAGAGGAGUGGAAUCCACACGAAGAUGAUAAGAUCGAAUCCGAUCCGUUUAAAACCCUCUUUGUUGCUCGUAUAAAAUUCGAAACGAGUGAGUCGAAACUCAAACGAGAAUUUGAAGAAUACGGCCGCAUCAAAUCGAUUCGAAUGGUCGAAAACCUCAAAAACGGAAAGCCGAAAGGAUACGCCUUCGUUGAGUUUGAAAAAGAGCGUGACAUGCACUCUGCAUACAAAUACGCUGAUGGUCGAAAAAUUGACGGUAAGAGGGUGCUGGUGGACGUCGAGCGCGGGCGAACCGUAAAGGGCUGGCGUCCGCGACGCCUCGGUGGUGGACUCGGAAACUCCCGCCGAGCCCCGUCGCCAAUCCGCGCGGAAGUGGACGAGCUCCGUCGCCGGGGCGGUUACGGCUUCGCUGGGGAUGAAAAACGUGACCAGGCUAGGGAACGGGCUAAGUUGCUCGAUCGUUCCAAGAGAGAAAAGAAAGACGAAGAAAAACGUUCACGAAGAUCUCGCUCACGUGACCGAGACGGUCGAAGGAAACGAUCAAGAUCCAGAGAUCGAAAGCGCGACCGACGAGAUCGCUCACGUGAUCGCCGAGAUCGAAGACGAGGGGACAAGGAGGUUGACAUCAAGACCGAUCCUGGAGUCAAAACCGACUUCGACGCAGGAGCCAAUGGCGACGCGUACGUCAAGGCAGAAAAGAUGGAUGACUAA